AUGGCAGGUGUUUUUGAUUUAGAUUUAGAUGUGGAUACAGUUACAGUUGCAGACUCUGAUGAGGACGACAUCAUAGAAGUUGAUGAGGUUGACUAUGAUCCUGAACUACAUGUCCAUAAUAUAGUGGAGGCCCCUGAAAUAUUAACUAGAAGUGGUCAUGGUAAAGCUGUAGAUUGGUGGAGCCUUGGUGCAUUAAUGUAUGAUAUGUUGAUUGGUCAGGUUUACCUAUAUAGCCUAGAA